CGGUUCGGUUUAGCUCACUGCUCAGUCCGGAGCAGUCCGGAGUCCGGACUCCGGAGUGACUCGUGGUAGAAUGUUCUCGGGUACUCUUACGGUUGCCGAGAGUACCGAGUCGCUGCGAGUUAUUUGUCCGAGCACUCCGCGCCUGAGGACACUGGCCAUGUCAGGCUAGGAAAAGUCAGGUCUGAGAGUAGUAAAAAGUCCGAAGUUUGUCCGAGCGCGAGAGAAUUAUCCGCGCAUCUCGCAUACUUGAUGUAACCGUAACCUGCAACCCCGUGAAGGCGCGUACGUCAAAUAAAUGUGCGUCACAUAGUGCGAUGAACGCGAUCACUUGAAAAUCGCUUGAGUUUUAACUUUUCGCUGGCAUGGCUUGUCGAAAAUAGAUACGAGAUAAAAAUAUUACUUAUGAUGUAACUUCGAUAUAAUUGUGACAAUCGCAAUUGCGUUUGCGUUAUCUUUCAGUACAAUUUAUGUUUAAUACUGAUUGGUAAAUAUGAUCGUCAAAAACAAAUCUUGUCGAUUGAACUGCUUAAAAAUUGCUUAAGUUAAAGUGAACACAAGUUCUAUUAAAAUGGCAAUUGAAAGUAUUAUCUGUGGUGUAAAUACUCCAAAAGUGAAGAAAAAGAAAGUUAAGACAACUGAGCGUAGUUGGAUAGAGGCAACAUUUCAAAAGAGAGAAUGUGCAAAGUUUAUUCCAAGCAGUGAAGAUGAACACAGGUUUGUACAAAUAGAGGGAGAUAAGAAUGCAGAAUAUGAUGUGAUUACUACUUCCAGAUGUUGCUGUGGUUAUUCAUACACUCAUCAUUGCGGAACUGGGGCAGAUGUUCAAAGUUACAAUCUUAGUGAGAACAAGGAAAAAGAUCGUGAACAAUGGUCUCCGGGAAAAAAUACUCAUCCCUUUCCCACUGAUGCAUAUGGCACCAUAGAAUUUCAGGGUGGUCCGCAUCCUACAAAAGCACAAUAUGUAAGAUUGGCUCAUGAUACACGACCAGAACCGAUUGUACAACUGUUAUGUCGGGAAUGGAAUUUAGGAUUGCCCAAAUUGUUAAUUACAGUACACGGUGGACGGUCCAAUUUCGAGCUUCAAGCGAGUCUGAAAAAAGUUUUACGUAAAGGCUUAUUGAAAGCCGCUAAAACAACAGGGGCGUGGAUAUUUACAGGAGGAACAAAUACAGGUGUUACACGACAAGUCGGUGAUGCAUUAUUAUUAGAACGUUCUCAACGACAGGGUCGCGUAGUAAGCAUAGGUAUUGCUCCUUGGGGAAUUUUGGAUAAAAGUCACGAAUUAGUUGGUCGUGGUGGAGAAGUAUCAUAUGAUUGUGUUUCCUCACCAUGGACUAAAUAUACAGUAUUAAACAACCGGCAUGCUUACUUUUUACUAGUAGAUAACGGUACUGGUGGUCGAUACGGAGCGGAGAUUGUUCUUCGCAGAAGAUUAGAAAAAUACAUCUCAAAUCUAAAAUUGCAACCAUACACACAUAGUAGCAUACCAGUAGUCGCAUUAGUUAUCGAAGGUGGAACAAAUACAAUCCGCGCGGUUUUGGAGUAUGUGACGGAUGAUCCACCUGUACCCGUAGUAGUUUGUGAUGGUUCGGGACGUGCAGCUGAUCUAAUCGCUUUUAUGCACAAAUGGAGAGACGGACAGACUGGUGAUGGAGAAGGACCACUAGAAGGUGUUAAAGAACAAGUUUUAGAAACUAUUAAACGCACUUUUCAAGUUUCCGCGGAACAAGCAACCCAACUCUGUUCAGAACUCUUGCAGUGUACACGAAAAAAACAUUUGAUUACUGUGUUUAGAAUAUCGCAAGACAGGCCGCAAGAACUUGAUCAAACAAUAUUGACAGCUUUAUUUAAAUCGAAACAAUUAUCCCCGGCUGAACAGUUGUCCCUUUCUUUAAUAUGGAAUCGUGUGGAUAUCGCUCGAAGUGAAAUCUUCGUCUAUGGUCAAAAAUGGCCAUCUGGUGCUUUAGAACAAGCUAUGAUGCAAGCACUUCAGCACGAUAGAAUAGACUUUGUGAAACUUCUACUGGAAAAUGGAGUAUCCAUGCGGAAAUUUUUAUCAAUACCUCGCCUUGAGGAGCUGUAUAAUACGAAAGAAGGUCCAUCGAACACAUUGGGUUAUAUUUUGCGUGAUGUACGACCGAAUAUUCCACGGGGUUACAUGUAUACAUUGCAUGACAUCGGCCUCGUGAUUAAUAAACUGAUGGGUGGAGCGUAUCGCGCACAAUAUACGCGGCGAAGAUUUCGAAUGAUCUAUACGAAGGUGAUGAAGAGAUCUGGCGGUGGUCAUCAGCAGCAUAUGCACCGAAAUAGCUGCGCUCCGAAUUGUAAUACGCGCUAUUACACGGGAUCCGGCGGGAAGUCCGACAGUUUGACCAUGAGCCUCCUCGCCGAGACGUUACCGGCUAAUCGUGAUACUCCUCUCUUCGAUUAUCCUUUCAACGAGUUACUUAUUUGGGCUGUGUUAACGAAGCGUCAACAAAUGGCUUUGCUGAUGUGGCAACACGGAGAAGAGGCAUUAGCCAAGGCGCUCGUCGCGUUAAAACUAUACAAAGCGACGGCAUACGAGGCGGCCGAAGAUGAUUUGGAAACUGAAGUUUACGACGAAUUGCGUGGUUAUGGCAAAGAAUUUGAAAACAUCGCACUCGAAUUAUUGGACUAUUGCUACCGACAAGACGACGAUCAGACGCAGCAGCUGUUAACUUCGGAACUUCAAAAUUGGUCAGGGCAGACAUGCCUAUCACUUGCGGUUACAGCGAACCAUCGGCCGCUAUUGGCGCAUCCUUGCAGUCAAAUUAUCUUGGCUGACUUAUGGAUGGGUGGCCUUCGUACACGUAAAAAUACCAAUUUAAAGGUAGUUAUGGGGUUAUUUUGCCCUCUGUAUAUAACGCGAUUGGAAUUUAAAAGCAGAGAAGAAUUACAACUGAUGCCCCAGACGCAGGAAGAGCAUCUGAUAGCGCUGGAAGAUGAGAAGGAAGAUAGCGAUUCCGAAAACAGUGUACCGGCAGGACCAGAUGUCGAGAAACAUCUGCGCAGGAGCCUGAGCAUACGCAACAAAUCCAGCAGCCAACAAGGCGUUAAGGCUUUAAUUAGCAACGAGCACAGUACAAUAAUCAAAGAGACGAUUGUCCAAGAGAAUGGCAAAGUACUAACAGACAUUGAUGAUGGAAUACAUCGCGCUUAUGGUCUUCGAUCUGAAUAUUACAAUAACAAAACAACCAGACCAUUAAAAUUGAGGAAGAAAUUGUAUGAAUUCUAUACUGCUCCAAUAACAAAAUUUUGGGCGAAUGCUAUAGCAUAUAUUAUUUUUUUACUUUUCUUCUCGUACUGCAUUUUGGUGCAUAUGGAUGAUCAUCCGUCAUUAGCCGAAAUAUAUGCGAUCGCAUACAUCUGUACUCUCGGAUGUGAAAAAGUACGAGAAAUAGCAAUCUCGGAACCUGCGACACUUUCGCAUAAGUUUAGCGUGUGGGCAUGGAACAUGUGGAACCCUUGCGACGCUGCUGCUAUUAUAUUUUUCCAAAUCGGACUAGCAUUACGUUUGCGACAUUCAACGUUAGAUGUAGGUCGCGUUAUCUACUGUGUUGAUUGCAUAUACUGGUAUUUACGAAUACUCAACAUCCUUGGUGUCAACAAAUAUUUUGGUCCUUUAGUGACAAUGAUGGGAAAGAUGGUUAAAAAUAUGAUAUAUUUUGUUGUGCUUUUAUUAGUUGUGCUCAUGAGUUUCGGUGUAGCUAGACAAGCUAUAUUGAAUCCCAAUUCUGAACCAAAGUGGCGUAUAGUACGAGAUAUAUUUAUGGAGCCAUACUUUAUGCUAUAUGGAGAAGUAUACGCGGAUAAUAUAGAUCCUGAUUGCGGGGAUGAGCCGGGAAUGGUACAGUGUCUUCCGGGUCGUUGGAUCAUGCCUGCUGCAAUGUCCGUGUAUCUUUUAAUUGCCAAUAUUUUGCUGAUAAAUCUGUUAAUUGCGGUAUUUAACAAUAUUUUCAAUGAGGUAAAUGCUAUAGCUCAUCAAGUCUGGAUGUUUCAACGGUUUACCGUCGUUAUGGAAUAUGAGCAGAAACCAGUGUUGCCGCCACCGCUUAUAGCGAUUUGCCACAUAUAUUUACUGCUGAAAUAUUUUCUGAGGCAUAUUACGCAAGGUAAAAGCAGCACUGGCGAGACUUGUGACAACGGGCUGAAAUUAUUUCUGGAGGCUGAUGACCUGGAACGAUUGUAUGACUUUGAGGAGGAUUGCGUCGAAGGAUAUUUCCGUGAGCAGGAACUCAAGUUACAAAUGUCCACAGAGGAACGCGUGAAAAUUACAACAGAUCGGGUGGAGAACAUGCAUCAAAAAAUUGAGGAUAUCGAUAAGAAAGAGAGCAAUCAAAACGUGUCUCUUCAGGCUGUUGAGUUUCGUAUUCGCAAGUUGGAGGAAUUGAGUCAACAAACUUUAGCGCAUCUCGGGGUGAUUCAUCGUUUCAUGGCGACGUACAUGCCAAAUGAAGAAUUAGCCAGUCUAGAAACUUUUGACAACAUUCGGCAGCGUCGGGUGUCGGAAAGAUCGGAGGCUUUGUCCGAGACGGAUUCUCACACGCAGCUGCCGACGAUCGCACGGCGCAAAAAGCUUCUGCGCUCUCUCACUGACGGUACUUUCCUAAAUGUUGGUCAACCGAUAGACGAUAUUCUUAAGAUAUCCGAAGCUAUGACUUCUCGUGAAAAUCUCAGUAGACACGAUUCUUCCGUAAGCGUUGACGCUCACGUCGGCCAGGAUGACGUUAAGACAACUACGAGCGUGGAAACGGAUGGCAGCAAAGAUAUCCUCGAAGGCGAAGCGGUCAGCAAGAAAGAAGUAUCAUCCGAGAAAGAGAUGAGCCGAGAUACGAGUAGAGAAGUGAGCAGAGAAAUGAGCAGAGAAAUUAGCAUGGAAGCUACCAGCAGAGAAGUCAGUAGGGAGACCAGCAGAGAGGCUAGCAAAGAGGCCAGCAGCGAGAAUCCGCCAUCGGACACCAGGCAGGACUCAACAGAGCGUACACUCAGGCAAGACUCCGCGGAGCGUGCUACAUUUAGGCAGAACAGCAGAACUCGAUCGGAAUCAGAUGAUUUCAUGCUGCUUCAACCGCCCGGUAUUCAGAGAGCCGUGACUUGGGCAGAGCCUCGCGUGGCCGUGAUUCCGUCGUCUGUUACCUCGGCCGGCAGCACGCAGAGAUCGAUUUUGCUGACAAUGCGCGCCGAGUACACUAGCAUCACGGAUGAGCUUGAGAGUUAUUGUGGUCUGUUGAGCCCGCCGAGAACGCCGCCGAUCUCACCGCCGCCGUCGCGAAUGCGUAACAUCUCGGACAUGUUGAACCCCGAGAUGGCGUGGCAGAUCGAGAACGAGCAUCUGCGUGACGCGGAGGAAUGCGAUUAUCAGCAGAUGGAGGAUCUGAUUCAGCGACGUUAUCACGGCGAUGACGACGUCGACGAGAACGACCGCGAUGGGCCGUCAAACGCGCAUGCAGAUGAGGCUGAUGGUAUUACAUGCUUCUUUAACGUAGCCAGCGAGCACCGUCAACUGCGUCGCGCCUCCGCGAUCGAAGAGGACCCUCGUCGGCCAUCGCCGAUGAUCAGCGUCACUCAUGAGAUUGAACAAACGCUCGCGCGACCACCGAUACGUGACUCGGAGGCGACCGACCCAAGCGACAAGAAUCUUAGUACUGUACCUGCCCCCGCUUCUGAAACUAUGUGUUAAACUGAAUAUCAAAUAGGAAAAUAUGCAUUAUUCGCUA